CUGACUGAUUAGUGCGACGAUGAUGUUAGCCAGUGCUCCAACCAGGAAAAUCAUGCUCGUGCUGGUGUGGUUGCUGCUCCUCCGGGCUCAUCGGGUGGCGGGCACCGAUCGUUUGGCCCUGUUGUCAGGCACCCUGAAGACCUAUCAACGCGCGGCUUGCGACGAGGAAACGAUGACGUUAAAAUGCCCACCCGGCACAACCAUCCUUGUCGAACACGCUCAAUAUGGAAGAGCGGGAAUGUACGGCAUCAGCAAAUGCAACUCGUCCGUUCCUCCGAUGAUCGCGGGGGACAGGCCGACGAAUCACACAUGCAUCUGGCCGCAAUCAGUGCAGCACUCACUGUUGCAGAUGGUAGUCGGAGUCUCAGAAAAACGGCAGUGCAAGUUUAAUACUAGUCCGAAGACUUUCCAAGGUGAUCCUUGCCCCGGAUUACGGAAGUACAUCGAAGUCGCCUACAAAUGCCGUCCCUAUGAGUUCAGGAGUAAGGUGGCUUGCGAGAACGAUGUCGUCAAUCUCGUUUGCUAUCCCGGCCAGAGGGUGGCGAUUUUCAGCGCGUCCUUCGGUAGGACGCAAUACGAGUCCAUGCAGUGUCCACAGCCGCUGGGUGUCCAAGAAGAAACUUGUAUGAUGGACUUUGCAACGGAAACCGUAAUGCAAUUAUGCCAUGGUAAGCGGCGAUGCUCGGUGGUGGCUAACAGCACAACGUUCGGCAGACCAGACCCUUGCAGCCCAGACAGUAAAACGUAUCUCAAAGUCGUGUAUACCUGCGUUCCGAGGUCGGUGUUACGGGAGCAAUACGAGGGCGAGGUUGAGGCGGACGAGUUGGAGAUGACGCAUGAGUUCGAGGAGGGAUUCGACAGAGCAGACUUCAGAGCUGAAUUCAGCCCCAGCCCAAAUCUCGAAGGACCACAACCGCCACUACGGGAUAAUGUCUCUAGAAAUUUUCCGACCGUUAGCUCCUCUCCGCCUCGAGCACGAACCAACAACGGCGUGGACGCGCGGUUGAACAUGUUAAAGUCGCUCGGUAUCGGAGCGAAAGAUUUACCCUUACCGCCUUUACCGCCCACGGUUAUCCAGGGGAGCGCGAUGGCGAGCGACAGCGGGGUUGGUAAUGCCGCAUCCACGAGCUCCAGCGUAUCAUCCGGAAAUUGCACCACUGUCGUCUACGCCUUUCCGGAGGAGGAUCACAUGGUGGUGGGAUUCCUGAAUGAGUGGAUCAAUGCCUAUUCCUUCAUAACGAAUAACCAGGAGAAGUUCUACCUCUACAUUAUUGUAUCAGUCAGCGCUGGUAUCCUGCUUUGUCUGGGAUUGGUUAUCGGUCGCUUAUUAAUUAGCCGUCAUCGUGCGAAGAGAGAUGCAAAGUUUCACGCAAAUAAUGAGACCCUCCCGAACGGCUUUACCGACGAUAUUUCCGAAAUCGAUGCCGACAUUGAUCUCACCACGCCUGUCGCAGUACCAAUGCAAGAUGCAAGAUUGCCCGAAACUCAAUUGGCCGAGAGACUUCACGGCGAACGCUAUUACGCCGACACAAGAAUACCUUUAUCCCCGACAACAAUUCCCAGCGUCCAUACCGCAUCAGUGCCUCAUGCAACCAAUACCGGGAUGCGCGUUGAUCUUGGAAAUCAUAUGGUCGGCACGGAUAAUCUUCACACGAUCCUCCGCACGGAGAAUCCCCGAAGCCUCAACAACAAAAGUUAUUACUAUGGCUGACAAGAGGAAGGGGGUGUCCCGCGCGAGGGACGACCCCCGUCCUUGAGCCCGGUACCGGAAGUUAGUACGCGAAAAUAUUGCUUUUAAUUGCGGGAAAGGGGAACACGCGUUCGACAAAAGCGGAUAUGCCGCACCAAGCCGCUGUAAAUUACGUUGAAGACGAAGAAAUCAUCGGCCGAUGCACCGAAUUAUGCUACAUUGUGAAAAUACGAUCUCAGAUUUAUCAAUGCCAAUGAGCAUCUGCCAACGUUCACCAAAACAGACUGGAUUGCGGACUUGUAUAUCUGUAAACGUGUCGUCCAUUUUGAGGAUUUGCGAAAAUUCUCGAUUAGAAAUGUAUAAUCUAUCGUCAGUGAGAAUGGAAAAGGAGUGAUGAACGAGACAUAUAGUUAGAGCAUUAUCUUGUUAUUGCAACAAGAACGUAGCAACGUGGAUCGAUUUGUAAAUGUGUAUAAGAAGGCUCGAUUAAUUUUUUUAAUAGAACUGGAAUAGUUUUAAGGACCACAGCAAAUUUUUUUGUUGAACGAAAUGCUUUGUGAGAUCAGGCACAUGACAGUACUGUCAUUUUUCCAAAUAUAAAAUGGUAUUGAGAAAGUAAAUAUGUAUCUCGCGGAUAUUUAUUUCUUGACUUAUUAAACUGUAAAAUCGACGGGUUGAGUUUCGUUUACUAUAAAUAGACAUAUCUCGUGAAAACUGUGUUAUCGACCCUAUCGACUCACGACUUACUCACUGUAUACCCUGUACUCACUAUAUACUCAGCUGUAUACCCUCGGAAGAAUCUCACUGAAGCGAGUUCCAUGGAGCAUAUCGAUUGUAACACUGCCGGUAACACUUUGCUGGUAACAGACUUCUGGGACACCUCUUACUCACAAUUGAUUUGUAGCGAUUUGUAUCAUAGUGGACGAAAUCAAUGGAUCCAAUAUUUCUUCUGUAAAUGUCGACAAUGUGGAAAGCAACUUGGGACAUUUUAUAAGUGACAUUUUAUAUAUAAUUUUCUCAAUAUCAAAAUCUAAGCAGA